AUGGUUGCCCAGAAAGCCCCAGCGUCCUUAACGGAUCAGGCAGCUGGGCUGUCGCUGUCUUUGGGUCUUCAUUUCAUGUGGAACACCAGUGCGCCAUCGUUUGUCCCUAAGGCGCAGCAGGAGUUGGAGUGGUGCCUGCAGGUCCUGCAGGCGGCUGCCAGGCAAAGUUUGCUCGCGAGGCACAUGUUGCUCUUCGCCCUGGCCAGCGUCUUCGGGUAUGCCCUCCGAGAGGAGCUGCGGGCCGAGCAAGCGGCCCGGGUGGGGGAGCUCGAGGCCUCGGUACGGCGGCUGCGGGCGGAGGCGGAGGCGGAGGCCUCGAGGAGCAGAGAGGCGCUGGAGCAGGAGCGGUCCUCGCUCCAGGCGCAGGCGCGCGAGAAGGAGAAGGCAGCUGCAGAGGAGUUGGCACGCGUUCGGGCUGCGGCCGAGGACGCUGGUUCCGAGAGGCAGCGCCUGGCCGACGAGGAGCGCGCGGCCCUGCAGGAGGCGCUGCGCGAGAAGGAGCGGGCCGCCGCGGAGCAGCUGGCGCAGCUGCAGGCCGCCGCCGAGGCCGCGGCGGAGGAGCGGCACCGGGCCUUCGAGGAGGAGCGCACGGCGCUGUACGAGAGGCUGCGCGAGAGGGACAGGGCCGCGGAGGAGCAGCUGGCGAAGCUGCGCUCCGCUGCCGAUCUGGAGUCACAGGAGAGGCAUGUGGCCGCGGAGGGCGAGCGCGCGGCGCUGCAGGCGCAACUGCGCGAGAAAGACCGGGCCUCGACGGAGCAGCGCGCGGCCUUCCAGAGGGAGCUUCAGGCUCAGGAUGCUGCCGCGGCAGAGGAGCGUGCGGCGCUCGAGUCCAAGGUCCUCGAGGGGCAGAGGGUCGCCGCCGAGAUGCGGGCCGGCUUCUUCGACCAGAUCAGGGAGAAAGACGAUACUGCCGCACGUGAACGAGCCGCGUUGCAGACGUGUUUCCAGGCACAGUUGCAGGAGCGAGAUGCGACGUUGGAGCUCGCCACCGCCAACUUCGAGGCAGAGCGGGAGCAGCUGCGGGCCUCGGGGGCGAACGUCCAGGCCGCGCUGCAGGCCAGCAAGGACCAGGUCUCGGAGUUGCAGGUCCGGCUUGCCGCCGAGCAAGAGCAGGUGGCAGUCCUGGCGGCCGCCGGCGUGGAGCGGCAGGCGCAGCUGGACGCGGCGCGCGCGCAGCUGGAGGUGUUGCAGAAGACCAGGGCCGAGCUCGCGGCCGAACGCGAGGCAAGAGCCUCACUGUCGGCGGAAGGUGCCCUGACGCAGUCGAUGCUGGAGGCGGCCCGCGCGCAGCUGGAGGAGCUGCAGGGCGCCCGCACGGCCCUCGUCGCGGAGCAGGAGGCCAGGUCCAAGCUCCAGGCGGACCUCGCAGUGCAGGCGUCCCGCCCUCGGUUUCCACACCGCAAGAAGGUCGUUGCAGGCGGCUCUCUCGAGAGCGAUCUCAACCGCUGUGCGAAACCUCUGGGGGGCGCCAUGGUCCUAGUCUCAGCGUGCAGUUUGGAAAACGCGUAUGCACGCUAA